AUGUUGUCGGAAGAGUUUUACUCGUCCAUCUGCGGCCCGCCCAUCGCGGCCAAUACCGCCGUCUCCAAGGAUGUCGGCAUCUACGCCCACACGCUGAGCCCCAGCUAUGCCGUCAAGUCGACGCUCAAGAAAAGUGCAACCCCGCCCAACUGCUUGGCUGUUAGUGACUCGCACGUCUUCGCUGCCCAGCACGAAAAGUCCCAGGUCCAUGUCUAUUCGAGGUCGCGGGGCAUCCAAGAAACAACCGUCACCUUCCCAGAGCGCAUUCGCAGCUUGGCGUUGAUUGACGAUGUCUUGGCAUUGGGGACUUCCGAAGGCAGACUCAUGCUGUGGGAGACCUGCACUGGCCGCCAGCUGACCACACCCCCAUGCCACGUCCAGGCCGUUUCGUGCCUGGCCGUCACACCUCACCACAUCCUCACCGGCUCAGAAGACUCUAACAUUCAUGUGUGGACCCUGUCUCGUCUCCUGGAGCUGAACGCCUCCAUCGAGAGCGAGCCGGACCGUACGCUCUCCAACCACAGGGCCGCCAUUACAUCGCUCGCCAUCAGCCCCAGCGUCAACCCAGAAACCAACAUCUGCGUCUCAUCCAGCAAAGACAAGACCUGCAUCAUCUGGAACUAUCAAACGGGCGAAGUGCUGCGCACUCUGUUGUUCCCGGCGGCUCCGCUCUGCGUUUCCAUGGAUCCCUGCGCUCGUGCCGUCUUCGUUUCAUCCGAGGACAGGUCCCUCUAUCUCGUCGAGUUGCUUGGAGAAAAGCCACUCAUUGGCCCGAACUGCGCUGAAUCUUCGUCGACCGUCGUCCAGAUCAACUCACCCAUUGGAAUCGCUGAUGAAGAUGCAGGCCCGGCUUCGUGUUUGGCGCUGAAUUAUGAUGGCACCACUGUUUUGUCCGGCCACACUAGAGGCAAGAUCCUACAAUGGCAAUUAACGGAGAACGGCCACCCCACAGAGUUGACAGACGUCAACGCCUCUGUAACGAACUUGGUGUUCCCGCCGUUGCUGCAGGCACCCCGGUCCACCAAACCUACUGCGGUUAUCAAGCCCACCCAGGCCGAGCGACAAUACACAUUCACAUCUCAACUGAACACAAGUCUCAAGCAGGAGACGAGGUUCGGCAAGAUGCUCAAUGGCUUUGGUUUACCCAACGACAUGCUGGAGUCCGCUGUUCUCGCGUUCCAAGAGGCCCAGGCACAGCCCAGUACAGAGGACGAGGAGACGCAGAAAGAGACUGACGAGUUGUGGGAAAUAAUCAAUGAGCAAAGGGCGCUACAGAAGCUGACUAUGCAGCGGUAUUUCCAGGCCAGAUCGUCUCAUACCUGA